AUGCAGAUCCACUUUGCGCAAGCUCCCGGACUAGCGCAACCCUCCAACCAGCCUCCGCCGCCUCCCGCCGCCUGUGCCCCAGGGCCACAGCAACAGCCGGGCUCGUCUCCUCACACCUUCCAUCAGUCUGCCUACCACUCUCAAGGCUCGGGCCAUCCCGGCGCUUGUCACAUGCCUCCCGCUUUGUCGGUCUCGGCCGGCCAGCUCGCGCCGCCCGGCGGGGAACUGAUGAAGCCGGAGUUGGGCAAUUACCAUUCCUCGUCGGGACCACCGGCCGCCUCACCUUCACCGGCCUCUUCUUCCUCGACCUCCGCUGCGGCCAGUGCCUGCAUCUCUGGAGGAGGUGGUGUUGCUGGGACUGGAGGACUGGGGAUGGGAACUGCAACGACAACAGCAACACCAACGGCAACAGUGGCAGUAACAGGAGUAGUUGGUUGCGGUGGUGGUACUGCAAACAACGGUACGGUUACUGCGGGCGGCCUUGGCAACGCGAGUGUCCAAAUUACACCGCGUACUCCACACACUAUUCAAUACCUCCCCACCGCUUCGGCUGCUGCUCCGUCGCCUGACGCAUCGGCAAACGCAGCUGGCCUCACGACUGCUGGUGGCCGGCCCACAAACAGUGCCGAGGAGAUGUUAAUGUCGACUGGCCUGAUUGCUGGCUCGGAGCCAAUCGCAGAUCAGAUGCCGUCGAGUGGAGAGUCUCUGACGCCGAACAAACUGGCCAUGGUGGGAUAUGCCAAAAAGAAUGGCCAUCCAUCGGCUGGAGGUUAG